CGGAUAUAUAAAUAUUUAGGGAAAAAAUAUGGCAGCGCUCAUCACCGUGAGGGGCUCCUUCUCGUUUAUGAGACGCCUGGUCUCUCUGCAACGUCUGCAAAAAUACUGCAAGUCCAAGUUUCAGACAGCGUAUUUGGUAUACGCACCGUACGCGUAUUCUGCCAGUGCUCUGUAUCAACAUAGACAUUUCCGAACUAGCUAUGCUGCAACAAGACCAGUUUUGCAGUUCAAGCUCUCAGACAUCGGGGAGGGUAUUAUGGAGGUCACCGUUAAAGAAUGGUAUGUGAAAGAAGGUGACAGAGUAUCCCAGUUUGACAGCAUCUGUGAAGUACAAAGUGACAAGGCCUCUGUCACGAUCACUAGCCGCUACGACGGAAUCAUCCGUAAACUCUACUAUGAUAUUGACUCCAUUGCCCUCGUGGGCUCACCGCUUGUUGACAUUGAAACUGAUGGAGCCCAGGAGUUACCUCCAGAAGAGGAUGUAAUGGAAACACCAGCUGUGUCUCAGGAGGAACACACUCACCAGGAAAUUAAAGGACACAAGACACAGGCCACCCCAGCAGUGCGCCGCUUGGCCAUGGAGAACAAUAUCAAACUGAGUGAAGUUAUUGGAACUGGGAAGGAUGGGCGUAUUCUAAAAGAAGACAUCCUUAACUUCCUUGCCAGUCAGACAGGGGCGAUCUUGCCCCCCAGCCCCUUCCAGGAGAUACAGCCUCCGCCUCCUGGACCAGCGGCAGCUAGGGCCCCCAUUGCCAAGACCAAGGAAAAGAGGGCUCCCUCAAGCAUGCCUACACCCAUCACGUCACGGCCUGUGUUCACAGGGAAGGACCGCACUGAGCCGCUUAAGGGUUUUAAUAAGGCCAUGGUGAAGACCAUGACGGCAGCGUUGAAGAUCCCACACUUUGGCUACAACGAUGAAGUGGACCUAACGCAGCUGGUGCAGCUUCGCUCAGAGCUAAAGGAAGUGGCUGAGUCUCGGGGGGUGAAGCUCAGUUACAUGCCAUUCUUCAUCAAGGCAGCAUCUCUUGGUCUUCUGCAUUUUCCAGUCCUGAACGCCUCUGUGGACGAAGCAUGUCAGAACAUCACCUACAAGGCUGCUCAUAACAUUGGGCUGGCCAUGGAUACCCCACAAGGCCUUCUGGUGCCUAAUGUGAAGAACGUUCAGAUGCUCAGUGUUUUUGAUAUUGCUGUGGAGCUCAAUCGACUGCAGACUUUAGGAUCAUCUGGGCAGCUAGGCACAGCAGACCUCACAGGGGGGACAUUUACCCUCUCCAACAUUGGCUCAAUUGGAGGAACAUAUGCAAAACCAAUGAUUUUGCCACCGGAAGUUGCGAUAGGUGCUCUUGGAAAGAUGCAGGUGUUACCCCGGUUCAAUGAAAAGGAUGAGGUUGUGAAAGCACAUAUCAUGAAUUUAAGCUGGUCUGCAGAUCACAGAAUCAUUGACGGAGCUACCAUGAGUCGGUUCUCCAACCUGUGGCGGUCCUAUCUGGAGAACCCUGCUGUUAUGGUUCUUGAUCUGAAGUAGGAAGCCAUGGACACCACGUAACUGGAGCAACUGGUUGUCAUAAUUUGUUACUGAGUUCCCGUUUCUGCCCACCACUUCCAAUAUCUUUCCAUGGUCUGCCUAAAGGCAUGGAUGGUCGCACAAGCCAAGGACACUAACCUUCUCAGCAGUGUGAAGCUAAUACCAAGCUGGUAGUCUUCUGUGGGUCACUUGUUUGUGGUAAAUAAACCCCUACAAACCAUCUUAAGGUUUAAAGAAACAAACCUGCACACCCCCAAAAUACAUACGUGUGUGUGAAAUGACCAUCACGUGACUACUAACUGACUACCAUGUCUGCGCAUGUGGAUGUUUGCGUGCUAUUACUAGUUAAGGCCUGCCUUAACAGAUGGUUGCGAACAAGAGUGUUUGGAUUAUGAAUGUGGGGUUAAUGUCUCCAGUGUAGCAAUGGAGACCAGUGCCCCCUCUCUUGAACACUAUCAACCUGGAAGUUCUUGAAUUUGUAAAUGCAGCUGUUUGACUUCUCUACAGUGGCAUUAUUGUACAAAAGGUUUUAGUGUUUGAAACCCAGCUGUGAUUAUGGGGUGUGAUGGGCAGUGAGGAAAACAUUGUAACUUUUAUCCAGUAUGUUUCAACUGUGUUGUAUUUCUUUAAUGUAUUAUUACUCAUGAGAGUGUUUUAAAGAAGAGAAAAAAUGAAGUAUGGGUGGUAUAGUUUUAGGAUUCGUUGAUCAUGUGGGUAUUGUGCACUGUCCAGCUUUGGGGGAAAAUAACUUGUGCUCUCACAUAUUCUUAUCAUUUUAGGACUUGUGUGCAUUUUAAUGGGAGAAACAUUUUAAUAAAUUAUGCCAUAACAUGGCUACAUUGUU